AUGAUGGCAGCAUUACAAGAUAAUCAAAAACUUCUUGUUUGUUUAGAGGAAUUUCUUUGGGCAACACUAGCUGGAUUAGCACUUGCAGAAAAGUCUUUCACAAUUGCAGAAAUAUGUUAUGGACAAUUAAAAGAAGCAGAAAAAUUACUUUCUUUGGCUGAACUACGUUCUCAACCAAAUCCUCAAUUGAGGUCUUUCCAAAUAGCUUUAUUUGGUGGUCGAUUACGAGAAGCUGAGACAGCAUUACUUAAAUCUGGGCAUUUCUUUUGCGCAAUUAUGUUAAAUUUAAAACAUCUCGAUACAGUUAUUGGAUAUCGUCAACGUUACUUGGACCUUUUGGGCCAUUCAGAAACAAAUUCAAAAUUUUUAAAAUAUUUAUCUCAAGUAGAGGUAGAUUGGCCACAUAUUUUUGAAAAAAUCCGGGAGGAUAAUGCUAAGGAUCAAAGACAAUGGGCAGCAACAACAACUGGAGGGACUUUGGGGAUUCCAAAUUAAUUUUAAAAAUUUUUUAAUUGUUAGACAAUUUAUAUUAUA